UGUUGGCUCAUUUUGAAACCGACACGCGAACCAGAAACAACUUAUAAACGCUAAGCUCACUUGUGUCUCCCAACGGAGUUCCCAAAAUCACGGAUAACGAAAGAACGCGUACGCAAAUUUAAAUUUAAAUAAAUAUAGAAUUCAACCAAAGCACAGUUGCAACGCGCAAUAUAAAAUAAAUAAAAACAAUGGUCAUGGAAAUGUCCAAAACCUAUCAGUACCGCAAGGUGAUGAAACCACUGUUGGAACGCAAAAGACGCGCGCGCAUCAACAAGUGUCUCGACGAUCUCAAGGAUCUGAUGGUGGAGUGCCUGCAGCAGGAAGGUGAACAUGUAACGCGUCUCGAGAAAGCCGACAUACUCGAACUAACGGUCGAACACAUGCGUAAGCUGAAACAACGCGGCAGUCUUUCGCUACAAUCUCAGGCUAGCGCGCAUAUCGAGUCCUUUCGCUCCGGCUACGUGCAUGCGGCAGAUCAAAUCUCACAAGUACUACUGCAACAGUGUCAAGCGGAUGAGUUGGGCGGCAAAAUUAUGAAAUUCCUCUCGACGCGUCUCAUCGAAAUGCAACAUCAAUUGCUGCGCAGCUCAACGGUGACCGCCAUCGGCGCAAUGCCACCAACAACCGCCUGCACGAAUGCCAACCUGUUGCCGUUGCCGUUAACACUGCAAAUGCCAAUGCCGUCGGCAAAUUACAAUUACAGUGAAUGCGGUGAAUCGUUGGGCUCACUAGAGUCACCGACCAGCGCCAAGUCGCCAAUAGAUUACUACAGUGCUGUUAGUGAGGCGGCGCAUAGAUCCUAUGCUACUGCUGCGGCUGUGGCUGCUGCAGCGACAAGCACAUGCAAGGAGCAGGAUCUCAUCGAUGUGACGACGGUGGAUAGUAGCUGUUCGACGCGCGAUACCGCCUCCGUUGUGUCCGUGGAUUCCUGCUCAUCCGAUCCGAUGUGGCGUCCCUGGUGACUAGCGGUGCACCAUUAGUUAAGGCUUUAGUUGUAGUUGUAUAAUACACGCACACACACAUACACAAUUGGAAUGAAAUUGUAUCAACAGAAUCGUCUGUCUUCCAAGGCGCACGUAGCAGGCGUGGGCUGGCGCUGUGGCCCCUGAACCAAUCGUCGCAACGUGUUUCGCCACACACACACUCACACAUAUGCAGUGCACACUUUGCUUUACUUGUUGUCUGUGAUAUAAUAUAAUAUUACUUGUAUGCAUAAAAGUGUUUGAAUGCAUCAUUACAAAGUUCAGCGUCAUCUGCUUUAUUUAUUGUAUAAUUUAGCGCGUUCAGAACAAAUAAUUUAUAUUUUGUUUAUUUUAAUUAAUUGUAAGCUUUAUUUGAACUAUAAGUGCUGUAAUGUCAAACAAAAAAUCGAAAUGAAUAUUUGUUUUGUAAGUUGUCAGCAAUCUAUGGAAGUGAACUGGUAUUCCUCUAACUGGUAUCAAGCUUUAACGGCAAAUGCCAAAUACCUAAUUCCUGAAGUUACAUACAUAACACAUAAUAUUUAAAAUAAAUUGAGAAUUAAUGCCUGAAUUUUUAAA